AUGCACCUCUUUAGCCUUGCUCUUUGCAUCAUACUUAUAACUCGUCAGCUUCUUCCACUUAUGCAAAAAAUGGCACCUCUAUUAGUCUUCAAUACGGUAAAGGAGCUUACAGUGGAUUUAUAUCCCAAGAUACGUUGACUUGAGGCUAUACAGCUAAAAAUGUGCUUUUCGCUGAAUGACAACUCUACCGGAACAGCUUGGAUUACUAGCAAGUCUGAUGGGAUUUUAGGGAUGUCUUGGCAAUCAAUUUCUCCAGAUGGCCUGCCUCCAGCAUUUACUUAUUUAGCUGGGCAAGGACUGGUAUCAAGCAACUCCUUUGCAUUUAUUUGACUAAAAACGAUAAUCAAGCUGGGAGCACUCUUACACUAG